AUGCGCAUCUUCUCGACAAUCGCCACUGCCGCUGUACUGGCCAAUUUGGCUGUCGCUUCACCAGCUGUGGCAAAUAGCUCAUCAUCAGCUGGCAUUAUCCAAGGCGGUGCUGCUGCUGUAAUAUCAUCAGAUGCAGGUACCUCCAGUACAGCAGCUGCUCAGCAACCGGCGGCCGCUGUUUCAACCUCCACAGACCCAACUGAUACAACUACUGCAGGCACAGAUGCUUCACAGGCUAAUGCACCGGAGUCAUCAGUUGCAGCGGCAGCAGUGUCUACUACCGCAUCUCAGGCAAAUGAUCCCGCGGCUUCGAACACCGUCGAUUCUGUGUCUUCGGUAGGAGGGGACACCGCUAUACCUGCCACUGCAAGCUCCACUGCCCCUGCUGUGGAAACCUCUUCUGCCCCUACUGCCGAGACAUCAACUGUACCCACUGCAAGCAGUGUGGGCACGGGAGUUGUAUCUGAUACUGCUGCUAGCACUGGCCUCAGCUCAGGAGCCGCUGUGCCCUCUUCCUCGACCACCCCAACCGCCACUAGCUUUGGUACUUCAGAUACCACGUCUUCUACUAGUACUGCCGCUUCGGCAACCUCUUCCAGCGCAAACGAGCUUGCAUCACUACUCAGUGGUUUGUUGGGUGGAAGCAGCAGCCUGGCGAGCGGCCUUGGCUCACUUAUUACCGAUCUCGAAGAUUACCUUAACGGUAUCACGGGCUUGCUCUCGCCAACCUUCCUAGAGAACCUCGAGUCAUUUGUGAACAAUCUUGCGUUACUUUUGGAUGCACCCACAACUCUGCAGGCCAAGGAGAUUAUUUCUGUUGCUUACGGUCUCAUAAACAAUUCAACUGCCGAGUCGCUAGGGACAUUGUUGUCAUCCGCUGAGUCACUCUUAACACCAACUUUCGUCAAUGAGACAACUACCUUGAUCAGCAAUGUCUCGCCACUCGUCAGCGAGUUGAGUCCAUUGCUGACGGGACAGACAGUCACCCAGAUAGAGAGCGUGCUUGAGAACGCCUAUGACUUGUUGACACCAACCUUCGUGAAUGAGACCCAGACAUUGAUUUCAGGCGUUUCACCGGUACUCAGUGCACUAAGUCCAUUGCUGAACGAAGAGGGUGUCGAUGAACUCGUGACUCUCGUGGUUAAUGCCAACACCCUUCUAAGUGACAACAACACUGCGGCCAUCGAAAGCCUACUUACUCAAGCCAAUGACUUAUUGACGCCAAGCUUUGUCUCGGAUACUCAGUCUCUAAUCACUGAUGUCGCACCAAUCUUGAAUGAUCUCAAGCCAUUACUGAGCAAUGAUACCAUUUCCGAGAUUGAGACCCUGCUAACGAACGCCAACACCUUGUUGACCACGGAGAACACCAAGGAAAUUGAAACAUUGCUCACCAACGCCAAUUCGCUGUUGACCUCGCAGAACACUCAAGAAAUUGAGACUCUGCUCACCAACGCUAAUGCCUUGUUGACCACGCAGAACACCAAGGAAAUUGAGUCUUUGCUUACGAAUGCCAAUAACUUAUUGACGCCAACAUUUGUGUCAGAUACUCAAUCUUUGAUCACGGAUGUCGCGCCAAUCUUAGAUGAUCUCAAACCAUUACUCAGUAACGACACCAUUUCUGAGAUUGAGGCUCUGCUCACCAACGCCAAUUCGUUGUUGACCACAAAGAACACCAAGGAAAUAGAAACAUUGCUCACGAAUGCCAAUACCUUGUUGACACCCGCCUUUGUCUCUGAAACGCAGUCUUUGAUUACAGAUGUCGCGCCGAUCUUAGAUGAUCUUAAACCAUUACUAAGUAACGACACUAUCUCUGAGCUUGAGAAUCUCCUCACCAACGCCAAUGCAUUGUUGACUAGUGAGAAUACUCAGGAGAUUGAGGCUUUGCUCACCAAUGCUAAUAGCUUGCUGACCCCUAAUUUCGUCAACGAAACCAAGAGCUUGAUUGGCGAUGCGGCACCACUGCUCAGCGAUGUCUCACCACUGCUCAGCGAAAUUGGUCCAGCUCUUCAAGCCGCCCAGCCAUUGUUAACUGCCCGAAGCAUCAACAACAUUGAAUACCUAUUGGGUAAUGCCAGCUCAUUGUUGACUACCUCCAACACUCAGGAGAUUGACAGCCUGCUUGGUGUGGCCAGCGGUCUCCUCACGGUUAACAAUACGAAGGAUAUUGAGUACUUGCUUACCAACGCCACUAACUUGCUGACUCCAAGCUUUGUUUCGGAGACAUUGGGCUUGAUUGGCGACGCAGCACCUCUGCUUGGCGAAGUUGCGCCUAUUCUCGACCUGGUCAAGCCAUUGUUGACCAACUCAACUAUUGGGGAGAUUGAGACUCUGCUUGGCGGUGCUGUCAGCCUCUUGACUCCCCGCUUCAUCAAUGAGACCAAAGCUCUGGUUGACGAAGCUGGACCUAUCCUCUCUACUGUCCAGCCGCUAAUCACGCCGAAGUAUAUCACGGAUCUCGGAUGGUUGUUGACCAAUGCUACAAACCUGUUGACACCAAGCUUUGUGAAUGAGACUGUGGGUUUGAUUGGUGACGCCGGACCUUUGCUAAGCGAGGUUGUGCCCAUCCUCGACCUGGUCAAGCCAUUGUUAACUACUGAUUACAUUGAGGACAUUGAAUAUCUCUUAACCAAUGCCACCAACCUUUUGCAACCUUCAUUCGUGAAUGAGACACGUGGACUGAUCGGUGAAGUCGCGCCUGUCGUCACGCCAGCUUUGUUAGGCCAGGUCGGCUCUCUGUUGACGAACGCCGACGACCUAUUGACGGCGAAAUUCGUCAACGAGACGACCGCUCUCAUUGGCGACGUCUCUGACACCGAAGGAGUUUGGGUGGAUAGCAUAUCCUCAAUUGCAUUAUCAUAA